AGCAACAACUAAUCUACAAAACAACCUUUUGUGGUUGCAGCUCGCAGUGUUUUGGACCACACAAACCCUAUUAAACUGAGAUCUUCUCAUAUUUUGGAUUUGAAAGACAAGAAAACUAUUUUACUUGUGACUAAUCUUCCUCAUCAUCAGCAACUCAAAGGUGUAAAAGGGAAAAAUCAUGAAGAAGGGAAAGCAGGUGUGUGAUGAUCAUGAGCCCCCUAGCUACCAGGAGGCGACUGCAGGCUAUGGGGAGAUGGAGGCCCAGUUUGCGUGGGACGACAAGAACAUCCGGCGGACCUUCAUCCGGAAGGUCUACGCCAUUCUCAUGGUUCAGCUGCUAGUGACCGUGGCAAUUGUUGCUCUCUUCUCAUUUUGUGCACCCGUGAGGUUUUAUAUCCAGACUCAUCCAAGCUUGUACAUGGCGUCUUAUCUUGUGUUCUUUGCCACCUACAUCGCUCUGUCCUGCUGUGGAGAGCUGAGGAGGCAGUUUCCUUGGAAUAGCAUUUUGUUAGUUCUCUUUACUUUGAGCAUGGCCUUCAUGAUGGGGUUUGUGUCGAGCUUUUACAACACCAAAUCAGUGGUUCUGUGUCUGGGGAUCACAUCUCUGGUGUGUCUUUCCGUCACCAUCUUCAGCUUCCAGACUAAGAUUGACAUCACGUCCUGUCAGGGAGUGCUGUUCUCUCUGUGCAUGGUCAUGCUUCUCUGUGCCAUCACCUUCUCCAUUGUCGUCCCUUUUGGAUACGUUCCCUGGUUACAUGCCCUUUAUGCCGUGCUCGGAGCCAUCGUUUUUACUCUGUUCCUAGCCUUUGACACCCAGCUGUUGUUAGGAAACAAGCGCUACACGAUAAGUCCGGAGGAAUACGUUUUUGCCACGCUCAGCCUCUACCUGGACAUCAUCUACCUGUUCAGCUUCCUGCUACAGAUCGUGGGAGGAGGCCGCGAGUAAAGCAUCUCUCCUCUGCUUUUCCACCUAGAAUGUAUAUACACACUGUAUAUAUAUAUAUAUAUAUAUGUCUCUCAGCUCAACUCUUAAACUCAACAAUCAACUUGGAUUUAUUAGCCUCAUGAAGAAGAUGACAUCAGGGCAUUACAUUUCUUCAUGAACCACUAUUUUAAAGGUUUUAUUUCCCCCGUCAUGUCUCUUAAGUCACUGUGCUCUGGCUAUUCCUGUGAUGUUGUAUCGCUCUCGGGUCUACUGUAAUUACACCAUCCACCAUUUAAACAGUCAUUAGGCUCAUAAGUGGACAGCACAUCAAAAACAGAGUUGAGUAUGAUCAGUUUGUGUGUUUAUUCUUCGUUGGGCCAAAAAAUAAGGUUCAACUAAUCUGCACUUUUAGGUUGAGUUUGCUUUAACAACUGUUUCACAAGCUAUGUACAGUAGAUACUGUUUGUUUUUAUACUGCUUAUAAUGCACAUUAUCAAAGAUGAGAAGUACUGUAUGUGUCUAUGAUAUUUCAGUACAUUUUAGCAUGGGUGUUGUUGUGGGGGAAACACUGUUUGAGUGAAACCUGAAGGAUUUCAACUUAGACUUUUAAAGCUAAGAUGCAACACCAAACAAAGGGAAAAUGUGUGUGUGUGUGUGUGUGUGUGUAUGUGUGUGUGUGUGUGUGUGUGUGGCAUCAGAUACACUUCAACAACAUACUUUAGUUACUAGACAUCAGUCGCAAUUUCUAUUGUAACUCUAAUGUGGCCUUUGUGAUAAGAUAGAAAAUAAUGUAAACAGGUUGAUGAGAACACGAGUGUUGCAAGUUGAUAUUGGUUUUCUAAGAACAAUGAGCUGUGUCCGUUUGAUUCUGGAAAUAUUAAAAUAAAAGUGAAA